AGCUCAUUCCAGUCCUCUCCUUUUCUCUAUUCUCCUUGUAUCACUCCCUCCCUCCCUUGCUUUCCCUUCACUUCCCUCGACUUCAUUUUUUAGUCCUUAUUCAUUUUUUCUUACCUUCCUGUUCCUAGCUAUGCACACUUUCCUAUCAAAUCUUUAUGAAAAAUGCCCACACUACACUUUGUUCUAUGUCAUCCCUAUAUUCUUCUGCUCACCUUGCUUUCCCUUCAUUGCCCACUCACAGGAAGAGACUACAGGUCCAGGUGGAGGUGGAGGAGAGGAGGGGGAGGAGGUGGAGGGCAAGAGGAAGGUGAGGACUCCGAGGGCUCUGCAGGAACAGUUUUGGCUGCAGAAACAACGGCCAAAACCUGUGUGUUCCGUGGAGGUGGAGAAGAAGCACAAGAGUUCUCUGUCCACCUGCAAGUACUACAAGUUUUCCUCGGAGGCCAAUCUGAGGCCCAUAGGGAGUGCCACGGAGGCGGGGCGGGAAGGGCGGCGAGGGGCUUCUCCUGCUCCCAGUGUGGCUUCAGCUGGGAUCUGCCACACCUACAAGACGUGCACCCAGCAGCGCCUCCUCGUCCACCAGAAGACCUGUGGCAAGGGGUCCAAGCAGUCGGCGCAGCUCCUGAACCACCAGGGCGCACACAUCACCGACCCCAAGGACAUGCCUGCCUGGGCCGACAAAGCGUUCUGCGAGGAGUGCCAGAAGUGGUUCAGGGACAGGAAAUCGUUUCAGAAGCACAACACUCUGGGACCGUGGGCGCGUCACCAGAGGCAGCCACUCACCCCAGAGGACAAGGAGCCAUGGGGUGCGGCACAAUUGGCAAGCCGUGAACUGACAGACACUGGACAGCACCCUGGCAGAACGUGUACAGAACAGGAGUCUGGAGGCAGUGCAGGCUGCAGGCCGGGCGGAGGCUGAGCUGCGGCCCCACGAUGGACGAGGUGUUUGCGGCCACCAAGACAAAGUGUUCGCUGAGCCCCGCCCGCAGCACACACCCGCCUGCACAUCCAGCUGCCGCCCCCUCAGGACACGCCCCCGCCCCCACCUCCGUCACCGAGACCCCCGCAGCCUCACCCAGCUAUGGGGGGAGGAGAAGAGGAGGUGUUAGUUGGGGUGUGACAGUGUGUUGAUGGUGAAUAAAUAGGGAGGAGGGAAGAAAAAGAAGAAGUUAGGGAUUGUGUGUUUUAUUCCAUAGUGAAAAGAAGGAAAAUGGAUAAAUGGUUUGUAAAAAUUGUGCUUUAGAGAAAAAAAGAUAUGGAGAAGGAGUUGAUUAAAUUUACACAUCUUUGAUUCUAUAUUGUUUGCAGUGAAUAAAAGAUGAGGAAAAGGAGGAGGAUAACAAUAGCAAACACACAAAAUGCCAACUACAAAGAUGUAUAACUAAAUAAACAACACAAGAAUAACAAAAAUGUGCGAUAAUAAUGCAAUGAAAACUGAAGAGAGAUGGAACAUUGCGCUCUUGAGAAUAAACACAAAUCUAUACAAACAUUCUACACACACAAAAAAAGAAAAAUAGAAAGAAAAAUAAAACCAAAACAUUCUUACCU